UGUAUCACCACCGUCAAAGUCAUAACAUCGCUCCAGCUUCAGAAAUUGCUUAGAUAUACCGAAUACUAUAUAACCCAAUACAGCAAUCAAACAUUAACUUGCUGCAAAGUAUAAGUCCAUAUCGACCAGUAACUCAGUCCUCUUGGCCUAAGGCUCUUGUAUCCAUACUCAACUUCUUCCGCUACCCAGAGCACGGCACCAUCAGACCACACAGGUGUGCUGUGCCCAGCUCAUACCGUAGCGGUCCCAUAACGGGGACGCCGCCGUCUGCUCGAACAGAAUGGCCAUCACAGGGGUGUACUUCAUUCCUUCCAACCCCAAUGCCUCGACGGCACUGGCAACGGUAACGGAGCGCCUCCACACGGCGUUAGUAGAGGAGCCCACCCUCGUCGGCCGGUGGUUCCUGGAGCACAAGCUCAUGCGAGAUACGCCAUCAUGCCUUCCAGCGUCCACACCGCAGCAGCGCCAAGCGCAACCACGAUACAUGCAGUUCCUCUCCCUCUCCUACCACGCCAACCACGGCUUCAUCUACACCUCUGAACCCGCCGCAACGACCACUCCCACUAACCCUCCCCCGGCCCCAGCAGCGGCGCUUACUACAGCCGGGGCAUCCUCCGGCAGCCCAUUAUCGUCGUCAUCAUCAGCCGGUCCCAUGGUGAUGACAACCGUCCCGCUCGCAUCCAGCAGCACACUCUUCUACCACUUCGGCUACGCCUGCCAACCCUUCUGGUGCCACCGUCACACGGUCACCGUGCCCGGCGGCGCCGUCUACGACGUGGGCGACUUCCGCGUGCGCGUCGGGGACGUGCGCCAGACGCAGCCGGCAGCAAGGAUCCGCGGCACGGUCGUGGAGAUCGAAUGGCGCGGCCCGUCCUUGGUCAGCUCGAUUGCCGCGCAGGCGCUGCUGGCCAAGAAGAUGGGUCCCGGUGCGUACGCCGCGACUGGUGACGAGGGAGACGGCGACUCCGCAAUCGACAUGAGCUUCUUCCCGGACGGGGUGGAGGAGGCGGAUGUGGAAGCGGAGUAUGCGGCGAGUGCGGCGCUGAUUCGGGAGUUCUGGGCUCGGUUGGGGAUCGAGGGCGCGCGCGAGGCGAUCCUGGUGCCGGAUGUUGGGAGGGAGGUCAAGGAGCAAUUGAAGCGGCUCAAGGCGCAACAAGGUAUGCAGAGAGAGUCUGCGGAGAAGCGGGAGCAACAGCCGGACGAAGAUCCCGACCCGAUGGCGGGAGUGGAUUCGGCGAGGCAGUUCAUGGAGAUUUUCCGGUUCAAUCGGUGACACUCUGUAUUCAACAUUCUAUCAAAUGGAAAAGAAGGCUCGAAUGCGG